AAAUAGAUUACAUAAAAUAGUUAAGCGUCAGCGGAAAAAUAUAUAUCCUUAAGAUGAGCUCACUAGAAGGAAAAGUCAUAAUCAUAACAGGUGCGAGUGCGGGUAUAGGAGAGAGUAUAGCUGUUCUUCUUGCUCGGUAUAAACCCAAACUUGUUUUAGCUGCUAGAGGCACAACGGGUUUAGAGUUUACAAGGAAACAAUGUCAAGAUGCCGGUUUAGCUGCAAAUUCUAUUCUAACACUACAAUGUGAUGUAAGUAAAGAUGAUAAUUUAGAGAAUUUAGUUCAAACAACAAUACAAACAUUUGGUUCUAUUUAUGGACUGGUUAAUAAUGCUGGGUAUGGUGUAGCAGGAAAUAUUGAGCAAACGAACAUGAAAGAUUACGAUGGAAUUAUGAGAGUCAAUAUGAGAGCUCCAUUUUAUUUGUCAAAAUUAUGUAUACCACAUCUAAAAACAAGCAAAGGUUGUGUGAUCAACGUGUCCAGUAUCGUCUCAAAGACAGGGAUAGCUGACCUAGCAGCCUACUCUCUUAGUAAAGCUGCCCUCGACCAUUUUACGCAUCUACUGGCUGCAGAAACAGGACCAUCUGGUGUCAGGGUAAACAGUGUCAAUCCUGGUUACAUCAGAACACUAGCCUUCCAAAAGGCAGGACUUUCAGAAAAACAAAUAGUGGGGAUUGAAGCCGGACCACUGGAUAGAGUAGGCGAGACAGAAGAUGUCGCCAAACUGGUUAAAUUUUUACUGUCAGACGAAUCAUCAUAUAUAACAGGGGAGACCAUUUGUGUUGAUGGAGGCCGAGCUAACCCCGUGUUUUCUUAGACGGC